GCACUCCAAAAGACUCUGCGAUUCUUUCUUUUUUCUCUGUACCAACUACCAGCAAAUAGGAAAGGAAAGAAGCCAUUAUCACACAGAUGUAGAUAUGGACCCCUGGCCUGCCUACUUAGCUAGCCUGCCUUAAAAGCUCCUUCUUCUUCUUCUUCUUCUUCUUCUUCUUCCCAUUUUCUACCCAUAAGCAAGUAGUUGUCUACUCCCCAUCUCUCUCUCUCUCUCUCUCUCUCUCUUGUAGGUACCGAUAUCAAUCUCAAACAAAAUCUGUUCAUUUUCCACCAUAAAACGGAACAAAAAAUUGAAAUUGGGAGAACUGAAAAAGAAAAAAGAAAGUUUUAUUUGUCAAAUAUACAAGCAAUGAAUCGUCUGGCACCACUUUCAGAAGAACCCAUUAAUGAAGAGAAUACGCAUCACAGCAAAAACAAAAGAAGUGGUUCUCUGAAGAAAUUAGUAUCAGGUGGUAGUAAUCAAUCAUGGAGUGUUUGGUUCAAAAAUCAAUUCCCUUUCAUCUUUAACAAAAAAUCCGAUCUCAAAAUUCUCUUGAGCGUUUUAGGUUGUCCUCUUUCUCCACUUUCUUCUAACAACAAACAAUCUCAACUCAACAAUGUUGCGACAAGGGCACAGUACAUAAUUCAACAUUUUGUAGCAGCAACUGGGUGUAAGAAAACAGAAGGUAUUGUAAAGAGUGUGUAUGCAAUAGGAAAUGUUAAGAUGGUAAUGGCUGAAGAAAAUGGGGGCUUAAAUGGCGGCUCAUCGGCCGGAAGCAGUAAAAAUGGAUCAUCUGGAGUGCCGCAACAGGGUUGUUUUGUGAUGUGGCAAAUGAUACCUGAUAAAUGGUUGAUGGAACUAGUUGUCUCCGGCCAUAAAAUUACUGCUGGUAGUGAUGGAAAUGUGGCUUGGCGUCAUACACCUUGGCUUGGCUCUCACGCUGCUAAAGGCGGUGUUCGGCCUCUCAGGCGCGCUCUUCAGGGAUUAGAUCCUGUAGCCAUAGCAGCAGUAUUCUCGGCAGCACAAUUUUCGGGAGAAAAAAAGAUUGAGGAUGAAGACUGUUUUGCACUAAAACUGUCAGCUGAUCAAACGGUUCUAACUGAUCGGAGUGAUAGUACAGCAGAAAUCAUUAAACAUAAUAUGGUUGGGUAUUUCAGUCAGAGAAGUGGGUUGUUGGUAUAUCUCGAGGACUCUCAUUUAACUCGAAUUCAGUCACUCGGAUCUCAACCAGUUUACUGGGAAACAACAAUGGGAUCAAGUAUCAAGGACUAUAGGAUGGUGGAUGGUGGUGUAAUGAUUGCUCAUUCCGGUCAUUCUACGGUAAGUUUAACGAGAUUCGGGAACAAUGUUAAGGUUGGUCCGCUUGUUAAACGGAUGGAAGAGACGUGGACGAUCGACGAUAUGGUGUAUAAUGUGCCUGGAUUAUCAAUGGAUUGUUUUAUACCACCGGAAGAAGUUCGAAAUGAAUCGUUGGCUCGGAUGAAUGAUUUGAGAUCAUCCUUAGAUUGAUAAUUUGAUGAUAAAGGAUGCAGUGAUAGUGUAUUAUUUUGACAUUGACUUGACAUUAGACUUUUAGAGGUUCAAAAACAAAUGAGCCUUGGUUACUAAUUCAUGAAAGGUAAGCAAAAAAAAAAGGGACCACAUGCAAUUUUGUAUCAUAUGUAACAAACAAUAAAGACAUACUGAAUCUCAUGACUAAAGAAUUUUCAGGGUGUUUUAUAUUUC